AUGAACGGUAUGGACGUAGACGACAUGUGGUUUCAGCAGGAUGGCGCUACGUGCCAUACAUCCAACGCUACGAUAGCCAUUCUGAACGGCAAAUUUGAGGGUAUGGUUAUCUCUCGCCGAGGAGACGUGAAUUGGCCACCAAGAUCGUGUGAUUUGACCCCAUUAGACUUUUUCUUGUGGGGUUUCCUGAAGUCGCAGGUCUAUGCCGAUAAGCCGAAAUCGACAGAUGACCUUAAAGUGAACAUAACCCAGGCCAUUGCUCAAAUUCAACCGUAUCUAUGCGGCAGAGUCAUUGAAAAUUGGACCACUCGGAUUCGUGCCACUAUGAGAAGCCGUGGCGGACAUUUAAACGAUAUUAAAUUCAAAACAUAA